AUGGCGUACUACGAGGAUCGCCGAUACGCACCGCGCGACCGCUACAGCCGCCCAGCCACCUAUGUUGAUCCAUACGAUGAUCCGAGAGGCCAUUAUGCAAGGCACGAUCGUGACCCCUACAGACGCCGAGUCAGCGAUGAUUCUAUCGCGCAAGUGCAGCGCGAUUACCCCCCAGACUCAGAUUAUGUCUAUGAGCGUGGUUACACAUCCCGUCGGCCCAGGGCUUCGCGACCCGUCUACGAAAAUGUGCGACGUGCUUCCUCCGUCAGCGGUUACGAUCCUCACUACGAUGCUGCUUACUCUCGCUCAUCCCGUCCUCGACGGUCAAGACAUUAUGAGGACAAACGCUCUCGUCGGUCCAAGUAUGAUUCUGAUUCUUCUCCAAGUCGCUCUCCGCCCCGCCAUGGCCGUCGCAAGUCUUUCAGCGAACAGGCUCUGGGCGCACUAGGUCUCGGCGGUGCUGCUGCAUCGGCCAGCCGGGGACGUUCCAAGUCUCGCCAUCGCAACCGGUCCUAUUCUCGAUCGCCGUCUGAUUCACGCAGUCGCAGUCGCCAUCGUGGCAGUGGUCGCGGUGGCCGUGAGCGCAGCGAGCAGCGCAUUGCUCAGGCUGCUCGUGCCGCGCUGACCGCUGGUGCCAUCGAAGCCUUCAAGCAGCGCAAAGAGCCAGGUGAUUGGGCUGGUGCAAAGGGAAAACGAAUCCUUACGGCUGCUGUCGCCGCUGGUGGCACUGAUGGUCUUGUCGAUAAGGAUCCCAACAAGCACAGCACACGCCAUGUUGUGGAGUCUACCCUUGCUGGUCUCGCUGCUAGUCAUUUCGUUGGCGGCGGAUCACGCUCACGCUCCCGCGGUCGAAACAGUCGCGGCGGCUCGGGCGGUGGUCUCAAGGACCUCGCUGCGAGUGGAGCCCUUGCUGCUGCUGGAAAGGAAGUCUUUGAUCGAUUUUCGCGAUCUCGGUCUCGGCCUCGCGGUCGUUCUGAUUCCCGCAGUGAUGAUGAGCGUGGCUCUAAGAAACGCAGUAAGAGCGUGUCGGAGUACAUCAGCAAGGGCAUGGCCGCCCUUGGACUUGGAGAAGAAGAAAGGAGCAAGGACAGCAGAGACAGAAGAGACAGAGACCACCAUCGGGACCACAGAGAUAGCAGGGACCGGCGUCAUCGCCGCGAUACCCGGCACGACGAUUACUCGGAUUCAGAUGCAGACAGCGAUUAUUACAGCCGGGACUCGAGACGGGGCAGAGGCUCGAGAGAUGUAGGUCGGCACCGUUCUUUGGACGGAAAAUAUCCCCCUUAUGCACCCCUUAGCGCACCGCGCGGCGAGAACGGAGCCCAAUCUAAGGAUUGCGGCCACCACUCAAACUCUGAGAGUGAUUCUGACCUAGGUGACAGUUCUGAUGAGAAGAAGCAACGCAAGAAGCUGAAGCGGGAUAUGCUACUGACCUCGGGCUUGGCUAGUGUGGCUACCAUCCACGCUGCCCACGGUCUGUACGGUAGUAUGGAGAAGAGGAAGAAACGCAUGCACCAGUUGAAGGAGGGAGAGAUCACACCCGAAGAGGCCCGCAAACGCCGCAUCAAAGCUAACUCGCUGGACGCUGUGAGCAUUGGUCUUGCUGCCCUCGGUAUCAAGGGCGCCUAUAGUGAAUGGAAGGAAGUCAACGAGAAGCGCAAGGAGAAUCAUCAUUACCAGGAAGAGUGUGCCCAACGUGCUAUCAAGCGUGAGCGGCGCCGUGCUCGCAGUCAAGGCAAUGGCCCUUCCCGAAAGACCCGCUGGCCUGAUGAGAUUGAAUAUGCACCAUCGACAAACGACUCCUUCGACCGAACACCAGUUUAUCAUGAUGGCAAUCCUUAUGGGGUUUCGGAGGCUCCGCAGAUUUCUUACUAG